UGCUCAAUUCCUAUCCAAAAUGAAAAUUGCGGUUCUAUAAAAGUAUCAUCCAAGAGCUCAUUUAAUCUUCAUCGAUCAAAAGUCCUAAGUUCCAUCAAAAAACAAAGUUUUCUAUAUAUCUAAGAAAAGAGUCAGAAGUUUAUUUUGAGUCGAAGAAAGAAAAUGGAUUCUUACCAGAACCAAUCCGGAGUGCCAAAGAAGGGAAUUACUGAGAAAAUCAUGGAGAAGCUCCCAGGUCAUCAUGCUCCUCAUCACACUGGAGGAGCCAACCCUGCUUAUGGUGCUACUAGCGCUGGCGGUGUUCACCACAAGAAGCAAGGAAUGACGGAGAAGAUUAUAGAUCAGGUGACUCCCGGCCAUCAUGGAACUCAUCAAACUGGUUACGGUGCUACUAACACUGGUGGUGUUCACCACGAGAAGCAAGGGAUGACCGAGAAGAUCAUGGAUCAGGUGACGCCAGGCCAUCAUGGUGGAUCACACCAGACUGGAACCCACACGGGUUAUGGUAACACUGGCGGUGUUCACAACGAGAAGCAAGGGAUGACAGAGAAGAUUAUAGAUCAUGUGACGCCAGGCCAGCAUGGAACUCAUCAGACUGGUUACGGUGCUACUAACACUGGCGGUGUUCACCACGAGAGGAAAGGGAUGACGGAGAAGAUUAUGGAUCAGGUGACGCCAGGCCAGCAUGGUGGAUCACACCAGACUGGAACCCACACGGGUUAUGGUAACACUGGCGGUGCUCACCACGAGAAGCAAGGGAUGACGGAGAAGAUUAUGGAGACACUUCCAGGUCAUCAGGGGUCUCACCAAACUGGUACUCACGCGGGUCAUGGUGCUACACACACUGGUGUAGUUCACCACGAGAAGAAAGGUAUAGUUGAAAAAAUUAAAGAUCAGUUGCCUGGUCAUCAUGGAACCCAUCAAACUGGAACCACUACGGGUUAUGGUAAUACUGGAGUUGUUCACCACGAGAAAAAGAGUACGAUGGAUAAGAUCAAAGAGAAGCUUCCUGGUAGUCACUAAACUAGAAUCAUUUUAACAAGUUGUUUAAUUUGAGAAUAAUUAAGUAUCCUGGACCUGUAUUGUAUUGUUUUUUUAAUAUGAUGCUUUUAAAUAAAGCGCGUUUAUGCGUAUAUGUAUGUGAUUCGGUCGUUGAUUUAAUAUGAAGUUUCCACUUUUGAUUUCGUUUA